AUAUGACUGAUCUAGAUGAAAUGCUUUGGCUUGUAACUAGGAAUGAAGAUUAUAAGAGAAAUGAUACAGAUUUACAAACCAAUUUUAGCCCAGAAAACCCUUAUAUCUCUGACAUGAUUACAGAAGAUGCUAAAGAAGCUAAUGUGGAGACAAAGCAAAUCUCACAGAAGGAAACUUUAAUAGCAAUACUUGAGCAGCCUGAUCAAAAUGCCGUAAAUGCCAACAUGGAAUUGUCUCAAGGAACUACGGUCACAGAUCAAGAGGCCCCAAAGCCAGAAUCAGAUAUGAUGACUGAUAUCAAUACUGCAACCAACUCUAAUAAAAAUACUGAGAAUGAGGCUAUGAAGGAAUUAGAAUUCACCUUAGUUACCUCAAAGAAAAAGAAAAUCAAUAACAGAAGCAGGAGGGGCAACCUUCCAAUUACAGUUAAAAAUGCUAAAACAAGAAAAGGAGUUGCCUCGCAAAAGGCCCCUUACUCACAUACCUAA